AUGAAUAAUGUUCCUGUUUCCAGUCCUUUUCUGCCAUCAAUUUCUGAAAAUUUACUUUUACUUUUUAUCACUUAUUGUUAUGAACACUUGCAUUUGAGUGCUGCUACUAUUGAGUUGUAUUUAUCUGGUAUCAGAUUUAAAUAUAUUGAGGCAGGGUUUCCUAACCCUUUAAGGUCAUUUCAUGGCGGCCCUUUAGAUAGAUUAAAGUUGCUAAUUAAAAGUAUUAAGCGUGUGCAAGGAAAACCACGUAGAGCGAGACUUCCAUUAACAGCUAACAUUGUGGCACAAUUGAUCAAAGCUUUAAAGAAACGAGUUUUCACCCCCUACACAGAUGUUUUAUUAGAAGCAGUCAUUUUAGUAGCUUUUUUUGGAUUUCUCAGGUGUGGGGAGUUUGCUAUAGACACAACUCAAUUUGAUCACCAGGUGCAUCUAUGUGUAGAGGAUGUAAAAUUCAAGGAUACAAGUCGGGUCUACUUAACUCUGAAAAAGACCAAGACUGAUCCGUUCCGAAGGAGAACUACACUCACUCUCUGUAGUAAUGAUAGCCUCUGCCCAGUCAAGGCUUUACAGGUUUAUAUCAACUUACGACGUCACAGGAAUCCUUUGGUUAAACCAUGCGAUCCCCUAUUUAUUUUUAGAGAUGGCCUACUAUUGUCAUGCUCGCGUUUCUUACAUUACCUUCGCUCCCUUCUUAACAUUAUUGGAGUCGAUGCCAGGAAAUAUUCUGGUCAUUCCUUUCGAAUUGGGGCUGCCACCACAGCAGCACAUGUUGGUGUUCAAGACCACUUAAUUAAAUCUUUGGGACGCUGGUCAUCUGACAGUUACAAUCGUUAUAUUCAUGUUUCUGACAAGUCCUUAUUUGCAGCCCAGUCAGCAUUAGUUAACAAAGUUUAA